AUGAAUAGUACAUCAAGCAAUGUUAGUGGUGCUCUUUUAGCUGCACCGUAUCAGUUGAACAAAUGGUUUGGUUUAUUUAUCUGGAUGAUCGGUAAUCUUGGUUGUAUUGGAAAUAUGAUUGUAUUUAGUUCUCGAGCAUUUCGCAACCGAGCUUAUGCAGUUUACCUAUCAUCGGAAGCAGCAUUUAAUAUUAUUUACUUUGAUUUUCUAUUGCUUACACGAAUACUUCAACGAGGAUUUCAAAUUUCAAUAACUACACGUUAUGAUAUUAUAUGCAAACUUCGACAAUUUGAUUCCGUCUGGAAUCAUGACGUUUCGCUUAGUUUGUUUUCAUUUGCAACAAUUGAUCGAAUUUUAUCUCUACAACGUUUGAAUAAAUAUCGUCGAUGGAGCAAUCGUGUAGAACUAGCUUACAAAAUGUGUAUUACAUGUGUACUCUUUUGGCUAUUGUUUUUUGGUCAUCGACUUAUUUUAUAUCGUACUACUAGUGGAAGCUGUGCUCCUCUACCCGGAUUUUAUGCAUAUUUUGAUAAUUAUGUUGAAGCGAGUGUUACAGCGAUGGGUACACCAUUGGUGAUGAUUGUACUUGCUGUUCUAUUGUUGCGAAGUGUCCGAGGCAUUACUCAAAGACGAAUCGUUCCUAAGGAUGGUGGACAACCAGCAGUAAUUUUACAAGGAUCAGAUCUUCAUCAGAUCGAUUCUCGACUUACAUUGAUGCUUUUUUUAUAA